GGAUGGAAAAAGAAAGCAACGCACCCACCCACUAUGGAUCCCUGGAGACAACCAAGUGGAAAGCAGCAGAUCCAGGCAAAGAGGAUGAAAUAGUGUCCAUGGCAGACUCCACAACUACCAUUGGUGAUAUUGAAGGGGAGCUCUUCAAAAUCGAGAGGAUCCGUGAAGUCCUUGUGCGGAGGGAGUCAGAGCUCAGAUACAUGAUGGACGACAUACAGCUGUGUAAAGAAAUCAGCCGAUUGAAAAAAGACCUGCAGAAGGUGAUUGCAGUGCCAGAGAAUAAAAAAUCCAAAGAAGAUAAGCAGCGCGAAGAGGAGUUAGUGCAACAGAUUCACAAACUCGUAGAGACGCGGGAUUUCCUUGUGGAUGAUGUGGAGUUUGAAAGGCUCAGAGAACGAGAAGAAGACAAGGAGAUGGCUGAGUUUUUGAAGAACAAGCUCUCCAAAGGAAGCCUUGUGAAAACAACUCCUGUAAAAGAAAAGAAGGUGACAUCAAGAGGACAGCAAACCUCCACACCAUAUGUGACAAAGACAGGCCUCACCCUCCUGAAAGAGUGCUGUGGCUUCACCUGCUCAAUCAUGUAGGCUGGGGCCGAUGCCCCCAUCUUCCCAACCCAAGAUACGUUCAUGGGUAAGCCCUGCCCCUCCCCAGUCAACUGGAUCCAUCCAAAUCAUAGAAGAUUCACAAGCCUGUGGAGAGGACGCCUGGGAUUUCCUUGUGGAUGACGUGGAAUU